AGAUCAUCAGCUUUUCUGAGUCUUUGCCGCGUUCUGAGCAGGUGGCUGUGUGACCCUAUGGCUCUGCUGAGUUGAGGACUGGAAGAUUAGCAUCAUGUUGACGCUGUUGGCCCUCCCCGUGGUGUUCGCCUUGUCCUGUGAAGCAUUCGUCCCGCUGGCUCCUCUGCACCCCUCCCUGUCGCAGCGUGACUCAUCCUUCGCCGGCCUGCAGUCCCGCCGCAUCGCUGUCGACCGCCGCCGGCCGUCCCCGUCACGAGGCCGCAGCACGGCGCUGAGGAUGGAGCUGCCUUUCAACUUGGGUAGCCAGGAGGUGAUAGUGCUGGUCAUCGCCGCGUCAUUUCUGCUGGGUCCGAAGGACGCCAUUCGGCUGGCGCAGUCGGUGGGCGAUGUGGUCAACCAGCUGCGGGGCAUCGCCACCGAGGCCACCACGCAGUUCACACGGUCGCUAGAGACCUCGUUAGAGGUCGAGGAGGAGAGGAAGCGCAAGAUAGAGAGGCGGCGGCGCAAGAUGGAGAUGCUGGACAUGCCAGAGGACUUUGACUUUGCCGACCCCCUCUACCCAUCGCAGCUGUCGGCACCCAACGACACGUCAGCUCCACUCAGCAGCCUGUCUGCCCCUGUGGCGUCAGCAGCGGCAGCGGCAGCGGCCCCCGGUCGGUCUCAGCUUGACGUGAAUGACUGGAACCAGAAGGUGCUGGAUCGGGAGGCCGCACAGAGGGCUGUGGAUGAGGCCCUCAACAGGACAAAGACGGUCACUGCAUCAGCAGAAGGUGGGAGGGGUGAUGAAGGGUCACCUGUGUCUGUGGCGGUUGGGUCUCCUUCCUCUUCUUCUGGCGGUGGCGGCCAGCCGCACGGUGCUGACAUAUGGCCCGAGGAUGAGCUCCUGGACGCACUAUCCCAGCUGGAGGAGACCAAAGCCAAGGUGAGAAGCACAAAGACAUACAUAACAUACGCGUCUGUGUGUGGCGUCCCAUGGAUCUUUCUUUCGAUGCAUCCGUCUCUCACUCACUCAGGCCAUUCAGCUGAUGGAGGACGAGUUUGGUCGCCAGAAAUCACGGCUGGAGGAACUAAGGCGGCGGCGGAGAGAAGAACUGGCCAACCGGCCCACAUUCCCCCCACCUACACUUGAGCUCAACGCAUCACCCUCUAGCAGCGGCACCGGCAGCAGCAGCGAGAGGCGGCAAGGGGUGGGGACAGGGGGAAGCCAGACAGGGUAGAGAGUGACACUUGAGGAAUGCAUGGACGUCUGUGUCAGCACGUGAGCGUCAGUCAGUGUGGGGUAGUGCGGUGUGCGGUUGAAUGACUGACUGAUGCGAGAGGGUCGAACAAAGCCGCUGUGUUUUGAGUGACGACGUGUGUCUGUGGCUUGAGUAUCUGAAAGAG